AUGUUUAAAUGGACUAAUGGAAAUUUUUGCUUAAGUGUGUUGACAGAAAUUUUCAUCAUAUUUUGUCGACCCAUUCAAGCUACAUUCAUCAAUAUGUUACAUCAACUUCACGUUCGACAAGCGAAGCAGUUUAAUGGAGAUUCAGCAUAUAAUUUAUUCAAUCAACGAUUCGACCACAGAUUUUUGCACAACGACUCUUCUCCGUGCUGGUUAUGGUAUAAAUCUUUUGAAAAGACAAUAAAAUGGAAGAGCAAAGAUGGAGAUUGCUUCGCUACAUAUUAG